AAACGAUGUGUUGGUAUGGCGACACUUCUUACCUUACUAGCGAUAGUAAUCAUUGGUGAACCAUCCCCUUGGGAUCUCUGUAGCAAUGAUAAGCCCUUUUUUGGGGUCAAGCGAGUUCCCCGCUCUCACUGUAUGACUCCUUUUGCAUCCUUCUCUCUCACUCACUCUGUUCCCUGGGACGGGAGAAGCCACGCAUCAGACACUCGCAACAACGUUCCGAGUAAAUCACCACCCUAUAGCAUAGCAAAAUGGUCAAAUGCGUCUUCUACCUAUGCCUAUACACUUUCCUUAUCAAUCAUGCGAGAGCAGAGGCAGGGAUCUUCUACAAUCCUCCGACCGGCGGCCCCAUCCACGAUUACUCGGAGGACCCCGUCUACACCCUCGAACAGACCGUCCAGCUCCGAUGGGCGACCAGCCUCCAAUACCUCUCCCUGAUGCUCUGGCAGAAUGACAAUUCCGACUACGAGUGGCUUCAAACCAAUCUCAGCGGGGUCACCAGCUACGACUGGGUGGUCAGCACGCAAAGAAACCUGAGCGACGGCGUAGUCUUCUUCUUUCAGAUCCGCGAUGCGACCGACCUGGAAGACUGGGACGGGGUGUUCGCCAGCCACUACUUCAAUAUCUCUGCGGGUACGACUACCACGACAGCAGUCGGAACCUCAACGACAACGGCAGUAUCUACGUCUGCCACAUCCGUCCCCUCUGUGGCGUUGACUGCAUCAGCGGCUGUCACCGCCGCAUCGGCCUCGGCAGAGACCACAACCCCGGCCGCGAUGACUUCGGGGUCGGGUACCGGAGCAAAGAUCGGAGUGGGAGUGGGAGUGGGUCUGGGCUGUGCGCUGUUACUGGCGAUCGGACUGGCCUGGUACCUGCUCUGGCGACGUAGGAAGGUAGCUAGCCGAGAGGCAAUGAUCCCGAUGGAUACGAGGAGCGAGUUUGGGCCAUCGCAUGAGUUACCGGCUUUCUCGAAGAAUCCCAAAUACUCGCGUGCAUCAGUACCCGCGGAGAUGGAGGGUCCUGGAGAGGUCCGGUAUGAGUUGCCAUCAUAAGAACCUGACCGCCUCAUCUUGUUCUAGAGCCUGUCAUGGGACCAUACCGAUGAUGAUCGGUUUAUGAUAAUAUCUACUGGUGCAUUAGCCCGCCGUACCGAGAGACAAGCUUAUCUGUCUUUCUGUGAUCGCUUCUUUUGUGAGAAGUAAGAGAAUGAGGAGAGUAUCUGAUGCAAGGCCGCUUGGACCCUCCGUCAGUCGUGGACGUGGGGGUUGGUGUUUCGCCACAAGCCACAAGCUUGAUGCAACCGCGCUCGCAUCCAGUGAGGGACAAGCAGAUCCUUGCAUGAGAUGCACCGUCGUCAUCAUCAUCAUCUGACCUGACCAGACAAACAGACCAACAAGCUAGGAACCUUGAAUUUCCUGGCUAUCAGGCAUAUAAAGGCUAAACCCAGAGGCCCCCGUGCAACG